AUGUCUGGGGUGGAGGCGCUGGGCAACCAGGGACCUGAAGACGCCGGGGCAUGCACAGAGGGUGUCCCCUCCCUUAAAGAAAUUGAGCAGCUCCUGAACACUGGGCGGCCCUCUUGCAACCAUGUUGAUGAAGUGUGGCCUAAUCUCUUUUUAGGAGACCUCGUAACAGCUCACAACAGAUUUAUUCUGUGGAAGAUGGGUGUGACCCAUGUUUUAAAUGCUGCCCACGGCACAACAUACAGCCAUGGAGGCCAGGACUUUUAUGGCGCAACUAUUGAUUAUUAUGGUGUACCAGCCCAUGACCUCCCAAGCUUUGAUAUAAGCCAGUUCUUUUUCUCUGCAGCACAAUUUAUCCACAAUGCUUUGAACACGCCAGGAGCUAAAAUCUUGGUGCAUUGUGCAGUUGGAGUAAGCAGGUCAGCUUCCCUAGUCCUAGCGUAUCUCAUGAUAAAACAUCACCUCCCAUUGGUUGAAGCUAUCAAAACAGUGAAGGAACAUCGAUGGAUUUCACCCAAUCGUGGCUUUCUGAAACACCUGCAAAAUUUGGAUGUUCAGCUACGGCAAAAGAAGGACUGCUGA